AUGGGCAUCAAUAUUCUUCUCAAUUGUAAAAGCAAUUAUUAUAUUAGCUCUUUCAAGAAUCGAUAUAUUUGGACAGAAUAUUACAUUAAAUAUGAAUAAGAAUUCCAGUUAUACAACAGCAUUUGGUGGUUUUUCAUCAAUUUUGAUAAUUUUAUUAUUUAGCCUGAUAUUCUUUUCAAACAUUGUUUAAUUUUUUGGAAAAGACAAUGUUUUUUAUGAUAGUGAAAUAGCAUUUUCUAAUGAUCCAGAAUUAAUGGAAAUGAAUGAUGGUAAUUCUAUGAUUGCUCUGGCUAUUGAUUAAACUAAUUUCACUUUAAAUCCAUUUUUUAAUAUUACUGUAGAAUAAAAGUAUGUUAUUUAUUUAAAAUAUCAAGAAUUAACUUUAGAAAUAAAAAUGGUUCUCUAAUUAAAGAAACUAUAGAAGUACCAAUGUAACCAUGUACAUUAGAAAGAUUUAAUAAUAUAUUUCAGUUACAAGGAAUAGACUUUACUGAUUAAUUUAAUUUUUUAGGAAUGAACAAAAUGUUAUGUCCAAAGUAAAUAAUAAAAUUAGUUAAAUUUAAGAUCUAACUUUACUUUUUAAAUGGAAGGAACUUAUUCAAGCGAAACAUUUAAAUUCUUGAAAAUAACAGUUAAGAAUUGUAAGAUAUCAGAUACAAAUAGCAAUAGUUUAUGGAAUCCAACUUGUGGUUCUUAAGAAGAUAAAGCAAAAUAUCUGGCUACAAAUGCUUAAUUUAAAUUAUAAAUCUUUUAAAUUAAUACUGUUGUUAAUCCAUUAAAACCAAGAAAUUAUAAAAGUGUAUUUAUUGAUAGUGAUAUGUAUUUUUCAUUUGUACCUUUUAAACUGGCUAGAUUGGCAAAUGUUUUUUAUAGACAAUUUAUUGUUAAUAAUGAUGAAAGUAUAAUGCCAUAUUAGUAUAUAAUAAUAUUCAUUUAUAUAGGAAUAUAGAUCAAGAAAAAGUUAUUGUUAGAAAAGCUNUGUAAAAGCAAUUAUUAUAUUAGCUCUUUCAAGAAUCGAUAUAUUUGGACAGAAUAUUACAUUAAAUAUGAAUAAGAAUUCCAGUUAUACAACAGCAUUUGGUGGUUUUUCAUCAAUUUUGAUAAUUUUAUUAUUUAGCCUGAUAUUCUUUUCAAACAUUGUUUAAUUUUUUGGAAAAGACAAUGUUUUUUAUGAUAGUGAAAUAGCAUUUUCUAAUGAUCCAGAAUUAAUGGAAAUGAAUGAUGGUAAUUCUAUGAUUGCUCUGGCUAUUGAUUAAACUAAUUUCACUUUAAAUCCAUUUUUUAAUAUUACUGUAGAAUAAAAGUAUGUUAUUUAUUUAAAAUAUCAAGAAUUAACUUUAGAAAUAAAAAUGGUUCUCUAAUUAAAGAAACUAUAGAAGUACCAAUGUAACCAUGUACAUUAGAAAGAUUUAAUAAUAUAUUUCAGUUACAAGGAAUAGACUUUACUGAUUAAUUUAAUUUUUUAGGAAUGAACAAAAUGUUAUGUCCAAAGUAAAUAAUAAAAUUAGUUAAAUUUAAGAUCUAACUUUACUUUUUAAAUGGAAGGAACUUAUUCAAGCGAAACAUUUAAAUUCUUGAAAAUAACAGUUAAGAAUUGUAAGAUAUCAGAUACAAAUAGCAAUAGUUUAUGGAAUCCAACUUGUGGUUCUUAAGAAGAUAAAGCAAAAUAUCUGGCUACAAAUGCUUAAUUUAAAUUAUAAAUCUUUUAAAUUAAUACUGUUGUUAAUCCAUUAAAACCAAGAAAUUAUAAAAGUGUAUUUAUUGAUAGUGAUAUGUAUUUUUCAUUUGUACCUUUUAAACUGGCUAGAUUGGCAAAUGUUUUUUAUAGACAAUUUAUUGUUAAUAAUGAUGAAAGUAUAAUGCCAUAUUAGUAUAUAAUAAUAUUCAUUUAUAUAGGAAUAUAGAUCAAGAAAAAGUUAUUGUUAGAAAAGCUGAAGAUUUUAGAGAUCUUACUGAACUUGGUAGAGACAAGGAUGAUAAUUAUGCUAUUGUUUAUUUAAGAAGAAGUCCUUUCACAGAAACAAUAAAUAGAAAGUUCUAAAAGAUAGGUGAAUUGCUUUCUUAUCUUGGAGGAUUUAUGUAGAUUAUGAAAUUAUUAUUUGGGUUUGCUAUUGCAUUUUAUAAUCGAACAUCUAUGUUAAUUGAACUAGCAAAUAAGCUUUAUGAUUUCCAAGAUGCUGAGAAUUUAAAAAAACUUUAUACUCUAAAAACAUUGAAAAACACUGAUUAAAUUGGAUCUGAUUUAGGAAAAUAAGAACUUAACUCUGUCAAUCCAUUCAUUACUUCUCAAUAGUUUCAAAAAGUUGAAUGGAAACAAUAAAUAAAAGAAUUAGUCAAAAAAUCUAAACCAAUUUCUUUUAAUUUUAGAAUAUUUAUAAAUUAAUUAACUUUUGGUUAUUUAUGUAAAAAUAAAAAUUCAGAAUUUUUAGAAAAAGCUAUGUAAGUUAUUUAAUUAUAUUAUUUUAGGAAUAAAAUCAAUAAGGAGUUAGAUUUGCAUAGCAUUUUAUAUUAAUUAUAAGAAAUUAAUAAACUUAAAUCAGUUUUAUUAAGAAAAUCUUAAAUAAUUUUAUUUAAUUUUACUCCAAAACCUAUUGUUACACUAGGCAAAGAUUAAAUAGUUCCAUCUCGUUAUUUAGUUGAGGAUUUAGAGAUUGGCCAAUCCUAUAUUAAGAGCAAAGAAGAUAAUUUAAAUGAAGAAUUGUUUAUUUAAUUAGAAGAAGUAAAUUUAUUAAUAAUAUUUUAGGCUUAUAAGGAAAUAGUAGAAGAAGUAGAAAAAACGCAAUCAAAUAUUUGCUAAAUGAAUAUUAAUUUAAAACUAACUUAACUUAUAGGAUCUUAAGUAAAACACAUUCUAAAGCCUUGUUAAUAAUAAUGUAAAAAUGAAUUAUAACCUAAUGAAAUCUAAAGCAUCAAUAAUAAUCAGGAAGAAUAAAAUUUAAGUGAUUGA